AUGGCAGCGUUACUACUUGCCAUGGCGAUGCGCAUUGCGGUAUUCGCCGCUUUGCUCGCAGUCGCUGAAGCAGUUCCACAAAUCAGCUAUCCUCUGAAUUCGCAGUUUCCGCCGAUCGCACGAGUUAGCGAGCAAUAUGUUUUCCAGUUUGCGUCAACUACCUUCAAGUCGGAUACAGGCAGCCUGUCGUACUCAUUGAACGAAAAUCCCUCGUGGCUUUCGAUCGAUGGAAAGACUGGAACACUUUCUGGAACACCCAAAGUGUCUGAUGUGGGCACUAUGUCCUUCACUGUUACUGCAGCUGGGUCCGCUGGAGCUGUCGCAAAUAUGGAAUCGACUUUGAUCGUGUCCAAAACCGACGGACCCCAGCUGAACACGAACAUCUCGCAAGCGUUGUCUGCAGCAGGUUCUCUGUCCGGCCCAACAACCAUAUCAGCCAGACCAUCUCAAAUUUUCGACAUAACGUUCCCAUCUGAUACGUUCGACUCAGACAACAAGCUCUCGUACUUCGCGACACUCUCCGAUCACACUCCACUGCCUGCCUGGAUCGGCUUCGAUACGUCGUCGUUGCGCUUUUCAGGGACUACUCCACCAACGAGCAAGCCGCAGUCCUUUGGUAUACUUUUGAUUGCUUCCGAUACGCCAGGAUAUGCCUCCGCUACAGUACAGUUCACACUAGCGAUCAGUACCCAUGAGCUCUAUUUCCAACCCGCUUUUCAGACCUUGAAUGUUACCAAAGGUGGAAAUGUGCACGUUACAGAUCUCAAGAACAAACUGUACCUUGAUCAGUCAUCUAUCAGUGACAGAGACAUACAGUCUCCAUCAGCCGAGCUGCCAUCCUGGCUGAAGUUUGAUGGCAAUUCGUUCGAUCUUACUGGAACAGCACCCGCUGAACUCUCGUCACAAGACCUCACGGUAACAGCAAUGGAUAUAUACGGUGACUUAGCCGAGUAUACUAUCCACCUAAACGUCAUUUCAGAACUGUUCUCUGGAACGGUCGACGCGCUCAACAUUACUCUUGGGGAGCUCUUCAAGGUCCAGCUGCCACGAUCCAUACUUGCCAAAGAUGAUGAGGUCGUAACAGUUGACUUCUCAUCGUUGACGGAUCAUAUGCACUUCGACCCAAUCACGUUCACGAUCUUUGGGACUGUGCCUGAAGAUAUGUCGCCACAGGUCGUACAAUGCUCCAUGACAGCUACCUCUAAGAAUGGAAGCCUAAAAGAGUCUCAGCUGUUCAACAUUGAACUUCUGGAAGGGAAGGAUGCUACUACCAACACCGACUCCACGCUCUCCGGUCACGGUGAUACUUUCGACACCACCAAGACGGACGUCAGCGGUCAACGCGUAGGAAUCAUUGCUGGCAUCGUCAUUGCGUCUGUCGGCGGCGCUGUGUUACUUGCUGCAUGUAUCUUCUGCACAUGCCGAAGAAAGAAGCAGGUCAAGGGCUACCUGAACCCCAAGUCUGCAUGCCCAAGGAGUCCAAGGAAGUCAGAGAUCUCGCGACCAACGUUCAUACCUAUUGGCUGGCCAGAUAUUGAGGAGGAGGAUCUCGAGAAAGGCAAGCAUCAUGAUGAUGUCUUCCUGGAGCGCACUCCGGAGCAUGCCCCCAAAAUCGACAUCGAUCUACCUCAUGACCGCAGGGACAGUCUCUCGGCGACAGACUCAAUGGGCGAUACGGACACGAGGAUACUAGACACGUUUGGUGAGUCGUCGUGGGGUUAUAUCCGCGAUGAUUCCGCUCCAUCAGAUCACCCCCACGACUCGAUGAAGAUUCCCGUUGAUCUCGCGAAACGGUCUUCUCAUACUUCAACGAAUUCUUUCCGAAAGCACAAGCGCCGAACCACAACAGUGUAUCGGGACCAAAUUCACCGUAGUACAGGUCUACCAGUUAAUCGGCGCAUAACAGGAAUGGGGACACGGCCGCCACACUUACUCCCCAUCGAGGAGUAA